CAAACCCGACUUGUAGGACGCAAGGCAAGGGGGAAAGGCAAGGCCAUUUUAAAAAGCCGCUGGCUGCUGGUCUUGUUUGAAAAAGCCAAACCCACAACGCGAGGUGGACGAGGUCGACUAAAGAGAAGGCGCAGGCCAGCCAAGAUUGACCUUGAACUUGUCGACGCAAGUGAAGGUGAAGGAAACUCCGGCCGGCCGCCUGCCUUCCAAAUUCCGGUUACAAUUCCAAUUGGAUGGAGGCCAAGGCGAUCCAGCUCCAGAGCACCCUUUCCUCCCUGCGUCUCCGUCGAUUCGGAUUUGGACUGGAUUCUCCUGCUGCUGCACCACCUGCAGGUAAAGGUGCCUGCUCUGCUCAAUCCGUCCAUCCAUCCAUCGACGACCAUCUCCUCCUCCUUGGCUCCCGGCGUGCUCAGCUCCGUCCAUCCCAAAUCCCUUCCAUCAGAUUGACUGAGGCUAUGAGCAGCUGCUGCUUCCAUUCAUUAGAGCUUCUCCUCAUCAAUUAGUUGGUACAAGAUGGUUGUUUUGGGUGGCGCUGAUGAUCCGACACACAAACUUGGUGACAUUGUUGAUCACACACGCCAACAGCAUGCAACAGGAUUACCGGAGAAACCCAGUAAUGUCAGUUGUCACAAUGGAAAUGGGCACAAUCCCCUGCGAAGUUCAGCCUCUGAUUCAUACAAGUAUUACUAUGAUGCUGAUGCACCAUCCGAGUCCGAUUGGCAGUCCACCUCACCAGCUUCCUCUUCCUCUACUCGACAAAUGCUUGGAGAUGGGCACAGAAAUAAUGGCUCCUCUUUCCGCUCGUCGUCGAUAGCAUCAUCCCAGACUCAGAGACCAUCAUCUUCUUCUUCUUCUUCAAGUCGACGUUUCACGGUGCCCUUCGUGAAGAAGAUCGACUGGGGCUCUCUGUGGGACAAGUCCAAGGAAUGGAUUCGGAACCCCAUGAACAUGGCGCUGUCUGUCUGGAUCCUCGCCGUCGGUGUCUCAGGUGCCAUCCUCUUCAUGGUCAUGACCGGGAUGCUGAACCGCGUGCUGCCAAGCAAGCCGCAGCGAGACACGUGGUUCGAGGUGAACAACCAGAUCCUGAACGCGCUCUUCACCCUCAUGUGCCUCUACCAGCACCCGAGGAGGUUCUACCACCUCGCCCUGCUGUGCCGGUGGAGAGCCGGCGACAUGCAUCAGCUCCGGCAAGUAUACUGCAAGGAUGGAACCUGCAAGCCCAACGAGAGAAAGCAUAUGAUGGUUGUCAUCCUGCUCCUCCACUUGAACUGCUUUGCUCAGUACGCGCUGUGUGGCCUGAAUCUUGGUUACCGAAGACCACAGCGUCCGGUGAUCGGAGUUGCCCUCACCAUAUCGGUUGCCAUCUGCGCGCCGGCUGUCGCCGGGCUGUACAACAACCUCAGCCCUCUUGGCAAAGACUACGAGGCGGCACAACCAGAGGCAGACGACGAAGAGUCACAGCUCCAGCGGAAAACGCCCGAGACGGAGAGGAGGUACACGUUGGUGCCACGACAAGGCCAUGGCAGCGGCAGCUCGCCGUCGUCGCCGCAGUGGGUCGGCGGGCUGUUGGGGGAUAUGUGGGAGGACAUGUCGCUGGCGUACCUGUCGGUGUUCUGCAGCUGCUGCGUGUUCGGGUGGAACAUGAGCAGGCUCGGCUUGGGCAACAUGUACGUCCAUGUCGCCACCUUCGUGCUCUUGUGCCUGGCGCCAUUCUUCAUCUUCGACCUGGCGGCCAUCAGCGUGGACGACGAGGCCGUGAGGGACGCGCUGGGGCUGGCCGGCGUCUUCCUCUGCGUGUUCGGCCUGCUCUACGGCGGAUUCUGGAGGAUCCAGAUGCGCAGGAGGUUCGGCCUCCCCGAGAACCGAGCCUGCUGCGGCAAGCCGGACCUCACAGACUGCAUGCAGUGGCUCUGCUGCUACUCGUGCUCCCUGGCUCAGGAAGUCCGCACCGCCGAUGCCUACGAGGUGGUGUUGGAAGACAAGCAGCAGCCGAUGCCGAUGCCGAUGCAUCACCCCCGGCACCAUCCAACUCUGCAGGAAGAGCUAUCGACGAUGCAGGAGCCCCUCAGGUUUGCAGGUGUCUUCGCUUCACCUUCACCUCAUCUAAACGACGACGGCGUCACCAUUCCCCCGUCGUCACUGUCAGCUACACGUACAUAAGCAGCAGUAGUAACUUGGGUUUUGGGACUUGUGAGUAGUUUCAUUUUUACCCAUGUACAUGUAUACAGUACAAAUGUGGCAGCAGAAUGAGUUGCCUCUCUGCACCUCCAGUAUUUAUGUGACAUAAUAUAACUUCAAUUUGGUUCUCUCAACAUCAGUUGUCAUUUCAAUAA